CGACAACAGCAACCGAGCGAUCAGUGCUCAGGUUGAGGUAUAGGUUGAUGGUGUGUGUGUGUUGUGGUAUUGGUUUGGUCGCAGUUUUUUAGUGUUAUUUAUUUUUUACUUUUACCUCUCUCCCUCUCCCCCUGGCAUUCUGGCGGUCCCCGGGUAACAAGCACCAGGGUGAAGGUGUUAAUCACAUUUUAAUUCCGUUUUCGUAUUUAUUUUUUAAAACUAUAAUAAACAAACUCUUCUGGUGAUGGCAAAGUAUCUGGUUGCUAUCUAUACUGUGACUGCUGGGCUACACGAAGAGCUUGGAUGUGACGAACAAGAAAUCGUCCUCUUCUCUUGGGUGGUGGUAGACCUCACUAACACAAAGGUGGUGGCAGCACAGACUCACAUAGUCAAACCUCGUGGUUGCGAUGUCAACGAAAAUGCCCUCUCUGAUGGCUGCAAGACAGAGUUGGGACUCAGCGAAGAGCAGGUCAAAACAGGUCAGCCCCUGGAACAGGUUAUAGAACAGCUGGACCAAUUCAUUCAGGCAAAGCUGGGCCAUGAUACCCCAUUCCACUUUGUGACGGACGGUCAGAUCCACCUUCGACAGGUCCUCCACCCUGAAGCUUCUCAGAAGAACAUCAAUCUCCCACACUACUAUCACUCCUUCUUUGAUCUGCGGAAAGAAUUUCGCAAGUUUUACAACUCGGAAGAAAUCCACUGCAUCCAGGACAUGUUGAACUACCUAUCGAUGGAAUCGGAUGCUACAGCUGAAUUUUCAAUGCAACAAGUACAGAAUAUUGCCAAGAUCGUUCUACGAUUAGUACAAGACGGUCAUACUUUUGAAACACCAGAACAGAUAAAUAGUCAUCUCGAGCCUGGUAUAUGUACCAAGAACGAAGUGGUGGACAACAAUACAGUCGUCAGGGCCCGAGGUUUGCCGUGGCAGUCAUCCGAUCAAGAUAUAGCCAAGUUCUUCAGAGGCCUCAAUAUCGUAAGGGGAGGUGUGGCGCUUUGUCUUAGCCCUCAAGGUCGCAGAAACGGCGAGGCGCUUGUGCGUUUCGAAAGUCAGGAACACCGAGACAUGGCACUCAAGAGACACAAGCACCAUAUCGGGCAGAGGUACAUCGAGGUGUACAGAGCUUCUGGAGAAGACUUUGUCAACGUGGCCGGAGGCAACAAUAAUGAAGCCCAAGCGUUCCUAUCGAGAGGUGGUCAAGUCAUUGUCCGCAUGAGGGGUUUACCUUAUGAUUGCACUCCUAAACAAGUGCUGGCAUUCUUUGCAAGUGGAGAGAACCCCUGCGAGGUGAUGGAUGGCGAAGAAGGGGUCCUGUUCGUGAAGAAGGCUGACGGCCGAGCCACUGGGGACGCCUUCGUCCUCUUCCAGAGCGAAGAAAUGGCUGCCCGGGCUCUUCAGAAGCACAGAGAGGUCAUUGGAUCCCGGUACAUCGAGCUCUUUCGCAGUACCACAGCAGAGGUGCAACAGGUCCUCAACCGAUGCAUGGAUCCUAGAACUUACGAACAGCCACAGCCACUACUUCCCAACAUGCCACCUGUUCCAAUUCUCUCGCCACAGUUGCUACCCCCAGGAUCUCGCAAGGAUUGUAUUCGUCUGAGAGGUCUGCCGUUCGAAGCGCAAGUCGAACAGAUUCUAGAAUUUCUCGGAGAGCAUUCAAAGAAUAUUGUAUACCAAGGUGUUCACAUGGUCUACAAUGCACAGGGUCAACCAUCGGGUGAAGCCUUUAUCCAGAUGGACUCUGAACACUCCGCCUUCAUGGCUGCCCAGCAACGGCAUCACAGAUAUAUGGUAUUCGGCAAGAAACAACGUUACAUCGAAGUGUUCCAGUGUUCAGUCGACGACAUGACCCUCGUUCUUAACGGAGGGAUACCCGUGCAGAGGUCGCUCAUUUCUCCAGGUGGAAACAUGCUACCGCCACCCUAUGGUGCCUUUCCCUAUGUGCAAACUCCCCAAAUAUUGCCUGCCGUGGCGCCCCUCACUCCUAGGCUACCCGCUGCCUACUACUCCCCAGUGUUCUACUGGCCUUAUCCGAGUCCACCAGUGUCUCCUACCACAUACUACCCACACACCGGUACAACAGUGUUAACUACGGAGUGCAUUCAAGUCCAGCGCAACAGCGAAGUCCGGCCAAAUGGCGACGCAAUGGUCACUUUCCCUGCGGCCAGAAUAGAAGCGGAGAGGGCACUCCAAGAGAAGAACCGCCAGAACAUCAACAACCGCUACAUCGAGCUCUUCAUGGCCUAAAAACAAGAUUGGAAGUGCAUCAUCUGCAAUCGUCAAUGAUUGUGGACAUAAAAAAAACUAACAAACAAAUUACAUGCAAAGUAUUUUGUGCACGUGAUUUUCAUACACCAGUGACAUGCACCGAGAAGUCUUUCUGAAAAACUGUAGUUUUGUCUUUUUUUUUUUGUAUCGUUGUGCAACAAAAUCACGAAAUUUCCCGCUCUGUAUAGUGUACUAAGCAAGUCAUUUCUUAGCAGGGUGCAGUGGCAACAUGGGUCAGUUAAUCGUUUGCUUUUUGCAGAUUGGCCAUUUAUGCCUAUGCUUAUGACUAUCGAAGAUGAUGUAAAAGGUCCGAUUGCCAAUAGAAUCUCUUUUAGAGCAUUUUAUUAUUAUACUAUGUGCGUAAAUUAAUUUGAAAGAUGUUUCUGCGAUCCAAACCAACAGUGGGGGGGGGCGAUAUUGAAUUUGAUGUGAUAACAAUUGCGGAUGAUUUUAACCUUUCAUUCUUAAUAUAAAUAUGUAUUAUCAACACUGACAACUCCAAGAGAAGUGCAUUAAAGAUUCUUUUUGCUCUUAGUUUUUUUAGAUAUUGAAUUUUGUUUUAUGGUUUUGAUACCCUGAAUUUUUUUUCCAAAAAUAUUUCAUUUUAUGAACAUAAGUUAGGACUACACUCAAAUGCAAUACCGCAUUUAAAGAAUAGUACAUAUAAUAUCACUCCAAACUGAAAAUUUUGGACAUAAUAAAUAUAAUGCCAAAUCAAUAAUAUAUGUAUAUUAUAUUUAUUUAUAUUUCAUUUAAAUAAUAUACAAGAUCACAGUUAAGAGAUUCAAAUUAACAAAACAAUGGAAUAUUUAAGAGCAAAUAUAUCCAACUGAUUGAUUAGAAGACACAGCUUCCUGCUUUUAAAGCAUUACGUUUCUGCAACUCCUAUUGCCAUGCUCCCUGCUUAUUUAAAUCUGUUUUUAUUCUCUAACUUUUGUACUUUGUUUUAGUGUAACUAUGUUAUUACUUUUAAGAAACUUUAUGCAUGCAAUUAGUUUUUAUAACAGCAUCUGAAUAUAUAUAUAUAUAUAUUAUAAUCUGUUUGUUGACAUUGGCCACCCAGAACUUAUAUAUAAAAGUGGUGUGCACUUUUGUUAUUAAAAUGUUUAAUCGCAGAGAAUAGAAUGUAAUUGUUAACCAUAAUAAAAUCAGCAGAUAUCUGCAUUUCAGACAGUUAAACAACCAUCUAGAAAAAUUAAUUUGUAGAUCAUCUGCAUCUACUAAAUAUAAUCUCUCUUCUGAUUUUUUUUUUAAAAAAAAUCUGUGUUGUCUACUUUUGUAUAUGUCUAGUCUUUAUCUAGAUGGUUUGCAAUAUUUGUGUUUGUAUUUUUUUUUUUUUUUGCUUUCAACAUUUGACAGUAAAACUAAAUGUUAACUUUUGUACAGGAUCAUACUAUCCACAAGGCAUUUUUUGUUAAUGUUUUUGUAUUGUUUCAUUUGGAAAAUCUAGUUAAAUAAUCUGCUUGCAUGUAUUAAUCUUAUCGUCAGAUAUUAUAGCAGACCCUGAUAAAUUGUCAUGUUUGAUAUCCUUCCAGUAAGAAAUGUUACAAACUUUUAAAUGAUCUUCAGAAUUGAAAAUCUGAAAUGCUUCAGAUGAGUUAAUAAUUUAAUAUUUCAUAGUCAAUAGCUAAAAAUACCACUAAAUUUCUAUAUGAGGAUUGAAGUAGUAAUUCUUAAUUUCUGAGAAAUUUUAUAAAUUUACAAAUAACAUUUUAAUUUUCCAUGAUGUUAUAUUAUUUCAAAAAUAAAAUCUGAAAUAUUAAAAAAUUUAACCCUUUUCCCCCUUGAUAGAAGAUAAAAGUCUUUGCUAUAAUGGGACACUAAAACUAUUAGAACAUCAACAUACCAAAUGAGCCUCAGUGAGGUAAUUUCACUUCUAUUAUUGAUCAUCUAGUUAUUUAAAUCUUGCAGUGUGCUUUCAUAUUUCAGAAUAUCUAUGAUGACCAUUUUCAAUAAUAAAAAUAGAUUGCUGAUUAUUCGCAUUUGAAUUUUAAAUUACUUGACAAAUGCAGAACUUAUAUAAAUAAAAAAAAAAUUAAUUUCCAAAUUUAGAUCUUACAAACAAUUCCAAUUAGUGGCGCCAUUUUCGAACUGAUGAUUUUCAGAGGUCAGUCUAUAAAUGUAUGUAAAGCUUACGAAAUAGACAAGAAAAAGUAAACUAAGUAAGACAAUGUAGUAUUUUAAGCUAUCAUUUAUCCACAUUCUUCUCUGCAUGUAUUAUAUAUAAACAAAGUCUCUGUGUUGUCCUUUUUAUAUGCUUUUGUAUGCAGAUAUCUAUUUAGUGAAUGUAUUUUUGUGUUACCAAAUGAGUUUUUAUUUAUUAUAAGAGAGAGAUUGUGCGAAGAGUAACAAACAGGUGUUUUGUAGAACACCACUAUGCAUUCCAAGUGCCUUAAUUACUGUAUAUUCUUAUUCUGUAACUAUUUUUUUUUUUCUAUGUUAAUUGUUUGGCACAUGAGCUAUUGAUACACUGUAUAUAUAUAAAUAGAACACGGAACAUUAACAUAUCUGAAAAUAUAUAUAUAGGAGCAGGCAAUAUUAAGUUCCUCAACCUAAAUAUUAAAAAAAAAAAAUAGUUAUUGCAAUUGAAGAAGUGGAAUAUUUAUGUCAUCUCGCAAAAAACAAUGAAUUUUCAAAGGAAACGAGUCUCAAACCCAUGAUUUUCAAAUCACUAAUUUGAAACUGCAUUCAAAAUAAUAUAAGAUCAAUGAUAUGUUAAUAUUUCCAUCAUCUAUUUAUACAGUGUAACAAGCAAUCAAAUUUAUUUUUAUGUGUGCUUAAUAUUUGCUGUGUUUAUUAUUAUAUAAAUUUUUCAUAUAUAUUUCAGAAUCAAAAUAUGAAAUCCCUUUUUUUUCCUAGUGUAUUUUUAUCUAUUGCCAUUUAUUAACAUUGAAUAUUUUACGGCACUCCUAUAUAUAACUUGUUGAUACAGCAUGAUGUAAACUUUUUGAUAGUAUAAAUAGGAGAUGUGUGUAUUUUUAAGUCAUCCAAUUUGUAUAAUGUCAUUAGAGAACAAUUGUACUCAAUUUAGAUGGCAUAUUUAGCUAAUUGAUUAUGCACUUAAGAUCAUACUUAAAUUGUAUUUUAAUUCUGUAGUGCAAUAACAGUUAGAUGAGAAAAUUUUCUUUAACAUAUAUUACAUAUUCAUGAAAAUUAAUGGUGCUUGGCAAAUAAUUUCAACUCGUGCAUUUAAAACAAGAAAAAUAAAAAAAUAAUGCGUUUAAAAAGUUUUUCACAAGUUGGUGCUAAUAUAUUUUUAUCAACUGUAUUUUAUAACAGAAAAUAUUCUGCUUUUAAUGUCAACAAGUGCCUUAAUGAAAGAGUUUCCGCAAAUAUUUUUACAUAAUUUGCAAAAUUUUAAGACAAUAUUUACAGUGUACAAAAAAAAAAAAAAAAAAAAAAUCAUAUAUGGAUGUUAAUCAAAAUGAUUAUUAGUGUUUGUAUAAUGUUACUUUUAUGAUAUAAAUCAGAUGAUAGCAAUCAGUUAAUGGGCAAUGUGCAAAUAUUUAUUGAAUUAGCCCAAUUUAAAAAUUUUUUUUAUGAAAAUCAAAAUGAUUAUGACUUUUUGUUAAGGUCAUAGCCACAUCUCUAAUGUUUUUAUAGUGUUUUACACUGAAGUGAUUGUGUUGUAAUAUGUUGUGCCUUAAAACUGUACAUGGAUGUAUUCAUUUAUUUCUCAUUGCAUUAUAUCUUUGUCAUGUUGCUAAACAUUCCAAUAAAGUUUUAAGUAUAUUUAA